UUCCUCAACAGCUCCUGUACAUAACUUUCUUGACUGACAGCUGCGCUAUGCCUCGCGCAAUCAUAUCCCCGUCCGUGCUUGCCUCCGAUUUUGGCCAGCUUACCGCAGAAUGCAAGAGGAUGAUCAAGGGCGGCGCGGAAUGGCUUCACAUGGAUGUCAUGGACGGCCAUUUCGUGCCUAAUAUCACCAUGGGGGCCCCGGUCCUGUCCUGCGUACACAAGGGCGUACCCGGCAUCUUCAUGGACUGCCAUAUGAUGGUCGCCCAGCCUGAGAAGUGGGUGAAUGACAUAGCAGACGCCGGAGGCUCGCUGUACUGCUUCCACCUCGAAGCUACAUCUGAUCCAUUAUCCCUCAUCAAGGCCAUUCAUGACCGGAACAUGAAAGCUGGCGUGGCCAUAUCGCCCGACACCCCCUCAACAGCUAUAACCGACGCGGUUGGCGAGGCAGCCGAUAUGCUCCUGGUCAUGACUGUCUACCCUGGACGCGGCGGCCAGAAAUUCCUGGAUCGCUGCGUUCCGAAGGUCGCCGAGCUGCGCAAGCGCUUCCCGAACAAAGACAUCGAAGUCGAUGGGGGCGUCGGACCCAAGACGAUUGCUCCUUGUGCGGAAGCAGGUAGCAAUGUCAUCGUUGCAGGGACUGCCAUAUUCGGGGCCGAGAAGCCUGAGGAGGUCAUUGCGACGCUCAAAUCUGCUGUCAACACCGCGCAAGCGAGGAUCGCCCGAGAGUCGCAGCCUCAGUGACUACUCGCAUCAGACUUGUAGCAUCACCAGUACAAUUAAAGGAAACAAUAAGUAUCAAUUGUACAAUCAGACAAUGUCGACACUCCUAGAUUUUUAGUUGGAUAUAUCCUGCGAUACCAAGGAGCAUGAAUACGUG